AUGGCUCUCCUGAGAAAAAAGAACAGGAAAAAAGUUUCUCAGGAACACGCUGCAGAAGCGCAUGAUGUCGUGCCCGUCGUCAUCUGUGCAUCAGAGGAGCGCAUGGGUGCCUCCAUGGCAACCAUCAACAGCAUCAUCAGCAACACAGACGCCAGUGUUUUCUUCUACGUUGUGACUCUUCGUGAUGCUGUCAAACUCACCAGGAGGUACAUAGAGAAGACAAAACUCAAAGGCAUCCGCUACAAGAUAGUGGAGUUUAACCCGAUGGUCCUUGUUGGAAAAGUGAAGCCAGAUUCAUCUCGACCUGAUCUCUUACAUCCCCUCAACUUUGUGCGGUUUUACCUCCCUCUGCUCGACAUCCUCCACUCCAGGGUGAUAUACUUAGAUGAUGACAUCAUCGUGCAGGGUGACAUCAGGGAUCUGUUUAAUAUCCAACUGAAGCCAGGACACGCGGCUGCUUUCGCCACAGACUGCGACCUCCCCUCCACACACGAGAUGGUGCGCAGCGUCGGGAUGCAGACAACCUACAUGGGCUUCCUGGACUACAGGAAACAGGAAGUGAAAGACCUGGGCAUCAACCCCAGCGACUGCUCUUUCAACCCUGGAGUCUUUGUUGCAGAUAUGAACGAGUGGAAGAAGCAGAAGGUCACCAAAGAGCUGGAGAAGUGGAUGGAGGAGAAUUUCAGACAGAACAUAUACAGCAGUGCCAUGGCAGGGGGCGUGGCAACCCCACCCAUGCUAAUCGUGUUUCAUGACAAAUACACGAUACUGGACCCUCUGUGGCACGUCAGGCACCUGGGCUGGAGUCCGGAUGUCCAUCACCCAGAGAGCUUCCUCCAGGAGGCGCACCUCCUGCACUGGAAUGGCCCGUUCAAGCCCUGGAAUUACCCUGCUGUGCAUUUAGAUCGCUGGGAGAAGUGGUUCAUCCCAGACCCCUCUGGAAGGUUCUCUUUGGAACGUCCUGACGACAGCUGAGGUCUGUGGCGGCGGCACCAAGGACCGGUCAGAGGGUCACGUGACGAAAGAGUAAAUCCAUGAAUGUAACACUGAAAAACACCAAACUGUGACCUAAAGAGUGUCUGUACUGGAAACACUCGCAGGUACAAAU